GCACGGAAUUCCCUGGUAUUGUUGCUCGCCCGAUGGGGAAUUUCGCACACAAAGCCGAGUUCCAUUACCAGACACUACGGUGUAAUGUCGAUCUCUUGAAAAUGGUCCAGCUCGGAAUUACCCUAUUCAAUGCCGACGGCGAAGUCCCUCCCGCCCACCCGGAAGCCACAACAUUGCAACCCCCCGCCUAUCUCAACAACCUCAUGGUCACGCCCUGUACGUGGGUGUUCAACUUCCAGUUCUCGCUCGAGGAGGACAUGUACGGCGAGAACUCGAUCGCGCUUCUGAAAGCCGCAGGGGCCGACUUCGAAAAACAUGCGGACAUCGGUAUUGACCCGCUAGAAUUCGGUUCCCUCCUGAUCACAUCCGGACUGGUCCUUUCCGACGAUGUGCAUUGGAUAUCCUUCCACGGUGGCUACGACUUCGCGUACCUGAUGAAGUUCAUGUGGUGUCAAGCAUUACCCAACGACGAGGAAAGUUUCCAGACGCUGGUGCAGAAGUAUUUCCCGCAGUUGGUCGACGUCAAGUUCAUCUACAUGGACCUCAAAAAGCGGCACCAGGCUAAUGUCCCCAUGAACCCCGAAGCGGCCAGCAUGAUGAGCCGACUGAACGGCAAAGGUACCCUCCAAGACCUCGCCGACGAGCUCGGCUGCCAACGCUUCGGCUCGCCCCAAACCUGCGGGACGAACGCCUGGAUGACCGGCAACAUCUACUUCGCGCUGCGUAGCAAGAUCUACGAAGGGCAGAUCCCCGAGGAGUUUUACGGCCAGAUGUGGGGCAUUACCAGCGUGGGGAACCCGGCGUCUGCGACGAUGCAGCAGGCCAUCCUGGCGCUCCAGAGCGGGGGGGGGAUGAACGGCACCAACGUCGGCGGCAUGAACUUCCACUCCGGCACGCCGUCGCGCGACGGGGCGCCGAGUACGCCAACAACGAAUCCGGCGGGGUUGGCGACGUCGACGCCCGGGCCGCAGGGCAGCCAUCCGGGGAUGGGGACGUUCACACCGGGAGCCGGAGGGAUAUUUGGGAACUUCCAGUACGGGAAGUAAAUGGGCAUGGACGGAUCGGGAGCAAAGCCGGGUCAUAGAUCUUUCGUUUACGGUCGGGAUGGAUAUGCUGGUUUCUUGAUACCUUAUUUGCGGCAGCUUGAGACGGUCUUCAAAUGGGUCUUGGAAGCAUGUCUCUCGGGAUCUUGCUGAGGCGUUUGCUUUGAACUGCACCUGUAAGAUAUCAUCAUGCACUGGCGACCUGGUGGUACUCACGGCGUCUUACGGGACAGGAC